AAUUAGAAUCCAAGCAUUUUUCUUUUUCAAAACAGAAACAGAGAGCCUUCCUCUCCUUAAAUUACAGUCCUCACUUUGUCAGUCAGUCACCGUCGCCGCCACCACCAUCAUGCCAAACUACCACCACCACCUUCUCCUCUCAACUGUCACACUCUUCCUCUGUCUCCCUCUCCUCUCCUCCUCACCCCACCACCACCUCCAAGAAGACACACCCAUAACUCGCUUCCAACAAUUCCUCAGAAUCAACACAGCCCACCCAAACCCAGACUACUCCUCCUCAGUGUCUUUCCUCAAAUCCCGAGCUCUCUCUCUCAAUCUCCAAACCCAACUCCUCGAAUUCUCCCCCAACAAGCCCCUCCUACUCCUCACCUGGCCUGGCUCAAACCCAUCUCUCCCCUCCCUCCUCCUCAACUCCCACCUCGACUCCGUCCCGGCCGAGCCCUCCAAGUGGCUCCACCCCCCCUUCUCCGCCGUCUCCUCCGCCGGCAAUAUCUUCGCCCGCGGCGCCCAAGACGACAAAUCCAUCUCCCUCCAAUACCUCGAAGCCAUUCGAAUCCUCCAAAACGAUUUCAAUUUCAAACCCGUUCGAACUGUCCAUAUAUCCUAUGUUCCUGAUGAGGAAAUUGGUGGGCUUGAUGGGAUGGCCAAGUUUGUGGAAUCCCAAGUGUUUGAUGAAUUGAAUUUGGGUUUUGUGUUGGAUGAGGGCCAAGCUUCCCCAAAUGAUGAAUUUAGGGUUUUUUACGCUGAUAGGUCGCCGUGGAAUGUGGUUAUUAGGGCGUUGGGGGUGCCGGGGCACGGGUCCAGGAUGUAUGAUAACAGUGCAAUGGAGAAUUUGAUGAAGAGUAUUGAGGUUAUGAGUAAGUUUAGGGAGAACCAGUUUGAUUUGGUUAAGGCAGGAUUGGCCUCCAAUUCGGAGGUUAUUUCGGUGAAUCCUGUGUAUGUGAAAGCCGGGAUUGUGUCCCCUACUGGUUUUGUGAUGAAUAUGCAACCUUCGGAGGCAGAAGCAGGAUUUGAUCUUAGAUUAACACCAACAGCAGACCUGGAUAUUCUGAGGAAAAGGAUCGCAGAUGAAUGGGCACCAGCUACCAGAAAUAUGACUUAUGAGAUAAUUGAGAAAGGACCGCUAAGAGACUAUAUGGGACGCCCCUUAAUGACACCGACUAAUGAUUCCAACCCUUGGUGGUCGGUUUUCAAGCAAGCCAUCACAGCUGCUGGUGGAAGACUUUCAAAACCCGAAAUCCUGCCAUCAACUACUGAUGCUCGAUUCAUCAGACAGAAGGGAAUUCCUGCCCUUGGUUUCUCCCCAAUGAAGAAUACUCCUAUCUUACUUCACGAUCAUAAUGAGUUUUUGAAGGAUACGGUGUAUUUGGAGGGUAUUAAGGUAUAUGUCUCAUUAAUCAAAUCUUUGAGUUCCUUUGAGGGAGCGACUUCUUUGUAAUUUGUUAAUUAAUUGGAAAAAAAUAAAAAAAUAAUAAUUAUCAUGGCAAUUUCUACUCAACUUCUCUCUUCUUUUUCUCUUCUUUUUUUUAUUUUUUUAUUUUUCCUACCAAAUUUGUGUUGUAUUAUGCGUUGCUACUCUUCAUUGAUCACUUUGUUGUUACUGAUCUUUAUUAAACUUCAAGAAAGUGCCUUUGGCUUUGUGAUUUUGCUCCUAUUAA